GAUGCCGAACCCACAAACCCUCGAGAGGAGAGAGCAGAGAGCAGAGCAUGGAAGGGGCAUCGUACCAGCGCUUCCCGAAGGUGAAGAUCCGAGAGCUCAGAGAUGACUACGCCAAGUUCGAGCUCCGCGACACCGACGCCAGCAUGGCCAACGCCCUCCGCCGCGUCAUGAUCGCCGAGGUUCCCACCAUCGCCAUUGACCUUGUUGAAAUCGAAGUGAACUCCUCCGUUCUCAACGACGAGUUCAUCGCCCACCGCCUCGGUCUCAUUCCCCUCACCAGCGAGCGUGCUAUGUCCAUGCGCUUCUCUCGCGACUGUGAUGCUUGUGAUGGCGAUGGCCAGUGCGAGUUUUGCUCUGUCGAGUUUCACCUUCGCGCCAAGUGCCACUCCGACCAAACCCUAGACGUCACCAGCAAGGAUCUCAUUAGUUCUGAUCACACUGUUGUGCCUGUUGAUUUCGCUGAUUCUGCUGCUGCUAGUGGUGAAGUGCUCGAUACCAAAGGAAUAAUCAUUGUGAAGCUACGGCGCGGUCAAGAACUGAGGUUGAGAGCCAUAGCCAGGAAGGGCAUUGGUAAGGAUCAUGCAAAAUGGUCUCCUGCAGCAACUGUGACCUUCAUGUAUGAGCCAAGCAUUCACAUCAAUGAAGACCUAAUGGAAACGUUAACACUAGAGGAAAGGAAAACCUGGGUUGAAAGUUGCCCAACCAGAGUAUUUGAAGUUGAUCCUAAUACCCACCAGGUUGUGGUGGUUGAUCCUGAGGCUUACACUUACGAUGAUGAGGUGAUUAAGAAAGCAGAAGCUAUGGGUAAAGCUGGACUUGUGGAUAUCACUGCCAAAGAAGAUAGUUUUAUCUUCACAGUUGAAUCUACCGGUGCAAUCAAAGCUUCUCAAUUGAUACUUAAUGCCAUAGAUAUUCUGAAACAGAAGCUGGAUGCAGUCCGCCUUUCAGAUGAUACUGUAGAAGCAGACGACCAGUUUGGUGAGUUAGGUGCACAUAUGCGAGGUGGAUGAUCUCGAUACCAGGCCUCCCCAUAUGUUUCUAGGAGGUUAGGCUAACUUUAAUUUUGUUUUCCUGGACAAUCUUGUUUCCUGUAUGAAUGCACCUGGUCCAGUGCUGCCUUUUUCACAUAUUCAAUGCAUUUCUAGCUUCGGGAGAUAGUUAACAUGUGGUAUCUUUGGCGUGUUUGGCUCAUCUCCAUGUUGGACCUGGUUUAGUAGAUUAUGAAUGAUAGUUAAUUCAGCUUCUACUAUUUCCAGGCCAUGCUUUGACUAUUACUUUUCCAGAGGCUGCGUCCUUGGGGCAAUUUUUGUUGUCUUUUAAAUGACAUGGUUAGUUGCCCCAGGGGUUGAAAUUGGUACAAGACAAGAUCUAUGGUGACAGAACUACUAUUUUCUUUGGUAUCCUUGGAUAGAACUUAGAAGAUUGUCAUCAAACAGUUGUAUUGAAGUUUAAUCAAUUGUUUUAGUCUCUACUGUGAACCAA